GGUCUGCCGCCCGCCCACAUACACAAACACGGAUUCGGGCAAGGCGACCUAUUCAGUACAAUGAUCGAACGCAUUGAAGUUCUCCCUUGAAAACAACAAAAAAAACCCGUCUCUUUUUUAAAAAAUAAAAAGCCCGCGUUAAAUAAACGGUGAAGUGGGGGGACCCGCCGGAUUUACGGGACGGCGCUCGCGCGGGCACACGCAUCAAAUCAAAUCCCCUCGGGCACGCACCCGGGAGAGUUUUUUGUUUUGUUUGUUUUCUCCCCACCUUUCUUUUCUGUGCGUUCCCGGAGCGGGGCUUUUGAGCAUGGUUUCGCACGGUCUUGCGAUGAACUUCAGCCCGUGAGAGGCGGAGAGACGGACGGACGGACGGAGGGCAGGAAGGCGCGGCCCGUGCUGUCGCGGCGUUUAAAAUGGCGGUGGUCAUCCCCCAGCCGCGCUGAGGAGGCUUCAAACACCUCCCCUCCUCCCCUUCCCGCUCCCGCGUUCUUCUUGAUCCUUGAGGUUGCUGAAAAGUGCCUUUUCUGAAGAUUCUGCUGCUUGGAUUUCUGUCUCUGGCUUUUUUUUUCUUUUUGGCUUUGCUUAAAGCAGCUCUUGGAGACGACAAAUCAUCUCAUCUAUCCUUUUUCGUUUCGCCGAACGCCUAUUUUAUUUUUCUCCUGGUUUUUUUCACGUCUAACAGCAAGUAUUUUACCCCACUUUUUUUUUUCUCUUCACUCCAUCUUCAUCUUCCGUCGUCUCACGAUCAGUUAAUGCGCGGUCUUGGGAAUAGGAGAAAGACAGAGAUCUUCACCUCCUUCUCCCCAAGAGAAGUGAAGCUUAACUAUAAAGCGAAGCACCGACAGCAACAUAUGCUACGAGAGAAUUAAUCAAAACCAUUUACUGGAGAGCACGGAAUUCCAUUGACAGGCUGCUGUUACCUUCAAAUAACUUCUUCACUUGGCACAAAAAGUGAUAUUUUUCUGCCAACGCACAUCUAAAGGGGCUAACCUGUUAAUCGAUGCCCACCCAUUUGUGUGAUGAAUUAUUUUUAAUUUAAGAUUUGGCUCUUUGACUGAUGUCAUGUUUCUGCACAACGAUCUGACUAACUGAAAACCUAAGUGCUGAGAAGAAAAAAAGUAUAUUUUUUAACCAAAGGAACGACUUUAUUUGUUAAGUUAUAAUUUUAACUUACUUUUAUACACUUUUUUCUAAAACUAUUACUGUUGUGGGGGUGGGACAGAGAAAAAAAAUAAAGUGAGGGGGAUUUCGUUACCCACAUAUCCUUUCAGUUUCCUAAUAUGGCUGUGAAUGUUUCAAUGAUCCGUGACACAAAAUGGCUGACGUUGGAAGUGUGUCGAGAAUUCCAGAGAGGGACUUGUUCCCGGUCCGACGCGGAAUGCAAGUUUGCCCAUCCUUCACGAAGUUGCCAUGUUGAAAACGGUCGUGUCAUUGCCUGCUUCGAUUCACUGAAGGGGCGUUGCACUCGGGAAAACUGCAAAUAUCUCCAUCCGCCCCCACACUUGAAAACACAGCUGGAAAUCAAUGGACGGAACAACCUGAUCCAGCAGAAGACUGCUGCAGCCAUGCUUGCACAACAAAUGCAGUUCAUGCUGCCAGGCACGCAGCUGCAGCCAAUGACUACAUUUCCUGUAACUCCAUCUUUAGCAACAAAUCAUACAAUGGGUCUUAAUCCCUAUCUGAGUCAUAUGACCCAUGGGAUGGGACUGGUUCCGACAGAACUCCUACCAAACACACCAGUCCUGGUGUCAGGGAAUCCCACAGUUACAGUCCAAGGAAACACAGCUUCACAGAAACUAAUGCGGACAGAUAAGUUGGAGGUUUGCAGGGAGUUUCAGCGUGGAAAUUGCACUCGGGGUGAAAACGAUUGCCGCUAUGCACACCCACUUGAAAUGGCAAUGAUUGAUUCAAAUGAAAACACGGUCACAGUUUGCAUGGAUUAUAUCAAGGGCCGCUGCUCACGGGAAAAGUGCAAGUAUUUUCACCCACCCGCACAUCUGCAAGCCAAAAUAAAGGCCGCUCAGCACCAGGUGAAUCAGACUGCAGCCGCUGCCAUGACUCAGCCAGCUGUCAGAUCAAUGAAGCGAUCCCUCGAGGCAACCUUUGACCUGGCCCUCCAGCCUGGUGCCCUCCAACCUUUACCAAAGAGGCCAGCACUUGAAAAAACCAAUGGUGCCACCACAGUGUUUAACCCCAGUGUUUUCCACUACCAACAGGCUCUAGCUAAUAUGCAGCUGCAACAGCCAACAUUCAUCCCAACAGGCUCAGUGUUGUGCAUGACUCCCACUGCAAGUGUUGUACCCAUGAUGCACGGCGCUACGCCCACCACUGUGUCCGCAACAACACCUGCUACGAACGCUCCCUUCGCAGCAACAGCAACAGCCAAUCAGAUGCCCAUUUUAUCAAUAGAUGAACUCAGUAGCAGCAUGUUUGUUACACAGAUGUAGACGUUACGAAUAGAACAGGCAUCAUGUUGAAAUAAUAAACAGCACACUGGUGGAAAACCAGGACAUCUCCUUGGGAAGCUGCACAUGGCCUUUGUGUACAUACUCCCAUCAUCCCCAUGCUACCAUCUCCACAGUAAGCCUACCACAGCCUACAUGCUAACCAAAACCAAAAUGAUGGGAAUGUCAAGAAGAAAAAGAAAAAGCACUAUAAAAACAUCAAGUAAAUUUACAUACUCCUGUUAGACACUACUUGUAUGUAGUAAUUAAAUGAGAUAUACUACUGCUUAUAUCUCAUUGCUGUAAUACAUUUAUAAUCAAUUCAUGGUAAUAGUGUUGAGCAUUUUCAAUGUAAGACUGUUGGUUUAAUGUAUAUUAUCAAAUAGAAUUGUUUAUCUGUCUUGAUUUUUAUGUAAGAGUGUUAUCUUAACUGAAUGUUAAGUUUACAUCAGAAUAAAAAAUAGUUUUGAUUUUAAGGAAAUGUCUUUCGUGGAACAGGUUCCCCAAUAGCCUGCUAUUUGGUCGCCAGUUCUCCAAUUUAGUCCUUAUUACAUACAAAAAAUGAAUGUUAAUGAGAAUCAGGGCAAAAACAAUUGAAAUAGAGAGUGAUGAUGAGCUCCAGUCCUUACUGUGUGUCCAGUUUCCAAUUAUGCCUUGUCUAUGUAACAUCGAAUUUUAUAAAACUUAGAGUAUAUCCAGAUUUAACAGACAUGUUUUGUAUAGCAAUAUUUUCUGUGUAAAUAAUGAUGCAUGCUUUACAACACACACUUACACUUGUGAUAUUAGCUGGUUAUGACCAGGAGCCUCUGGGCAUACAGUACUCAACUAUAUAAACACUUAUAGUAGAAAAUUCAAGAUCUUACAAAAAAGGCUGUAGAAGUAUCACUAUCUGUGUAGCUAUAUGAAAAUUAUAUAAUUAACAGAUAUGUGCUGGAGUCAAUCUGUCACACUGGCACAUUAUUGAUAAUCAUCUCUGAGGAUCUGGAAACAUCUUGAAGAAAAGAUUGAUCUCUUACUGAGAUGCUUUCUAUUGCAAAAAUUUUCGUCCUGUUUUUUCCCUUCUGAACUGUUCUGAUGAAAUAGGCCUGGCUAUUGGGGAAUGGCCUUGCACGUGUUUCUUUGUUCUCCCAUUUCUAUUGCUGGUCAGAACCUCUUCCUUCACACUGUGUUCCAGUGCCUCGGAGAAAGCCAGGUGAGUGUCACUCAGCUUGAAUGAAUGUGGUGUAUUGAGGGUAUUAAAGGGACUCUGAUUCAUUGAAGCUAAAUUAACUGCUUUGUCCUGUUCCCUCUGUGCUUCACAGGCACAGCAUGGGAUGUGCUUUCUGGCCAUGGUAGACACUAUCACAGACCCAGGUAACAUUGAUAGUGGACAACUGAGGUUCCACAUUGUGUUUGAUGGCAUCGGCUGGAAAGAGACAGCUUUUGAUUACAGAGCAAUUUCUAAGUUUAAAAAUAGAAACAUUCUUGCUCUGAUGCAUACUCUAUAUUCAUUUCUUUAAAUUAGUUGGGCUAACUGCCAGAGCAUUUUGAACUUGACCACAGUGCACUUCAGAUCAGUAAGAAUGCAACUGAUCUCAUCCAGUUGAAGAGUUGAUGAAAAGUGAUAUAGUGUGGCAGCUCAUGUUCUCUCCAUUUGAUUCCUUUGCCUGUGAUCUGAAGGCCUGGCUUAAUUUUCUUUUAGUCAGUUACACAAGGCAAUAUUCAAGGCGAUGCCAUUAAAUGCAGCGCACGUUCAGAAUCAUUCCAUUACUCUUGUGUCAAGCUGUGCAACAUUGUUACAAAUGUACACUUGUAGCUUGACUAGCAUAUGGUGAAUACAGAGAGGAGAUAGGUGACCUCUCUGAACAUGAAGAGAUAUGCAACUGGGAAAGUCCAUUAGCUUCAAUGGAACAAUCCUUUGGUACUGGCUCAGUACUUCAAACCAUCACACUUCUAGUCUCCCAACUCACUUACCCCACAAUUCCCCAGCCUACAUUGCAGGGUGUCCAGAAUGUAAGUCUGGAAUUUAAGAUAACUUCCCAUUUAAAGUAAAGUCAGAGGUUCCUGCUGAUGAUAAAACAGAUAGAUAUGGAGGUUGUUUAGGGUAGUUCUGUGAGGUGCCUCGGAUGCUUCUGCAUCACUGGCAAAUUAAAAAAUUUAAAAGGGUUAAAAGCAACGAAAGCUCAAAGCACUAGUGUCGCCAAAUGCAAUUAUAAACACAGGCAAAAAAUGCCAUUUCUGAAGCCGCAGUAAAAGAGACAAUAAUAAAUGUGCAAUGAAUUAUUCCAAAUGAUUUGUUUAAUUGAAAAAUGGAAGUCGUCAGACUAUAAACGUCAUUAGCUCGUGUGCAUUCUUCAUCACAGUCACGUUGACCGAAAGUGACUCUAAAUAAGAAUCUUCUGCAUCAUAGACUCAUUUCUUUGUAUUACAGUGGGGUGGCUGGAGCCUAAUGUGCACCCGCAGUAGAUUUCACCAGCCAGCACCACCUCAUCCAACAUCUCUUUUUGUAACAUCCACCGUUCUAUUUUCUAUUUCUUUUGUUUAGUUUUUUUUCAGCCUUAUGCAAAUGAUAUGCAAGAAAUCCUGAACCUUGGAUAAAACGGGUCACACUGAGGAAAAGUGGAAUGAAGAGAGUAGAGGACAGAAACAGGGAUUUUUUUUCUAGUCGGGCUGGACAAGUUUAAACUUAACCCUCUGCUCCCAUCACAGCAAAAAGUGCAACACAAAGCUAGGAAAGGAAGGAAUCAAGCACACCAGUGCUGUUUCUGCUAUUGAAAUGAUUAAAUGGCAAAGUCAUUGUUACAGCCACAUGUUCCAUUAACUACACAGGAAUUUGAGUUAAUGUAGGUUGCAGGCUCUGUUAGUGUAUCUGACAGGUUUAGAUAGUACUACAUUUUUUCACCCUUGUGUGUUUCACAGUACUGUAUGCAGAAAACAGAAAAAUCUUUUGGGAACAAAGUUCCAUCCCUCUCAGAAGGGUCAGCAAGAUAUUCACUUGAUUAACUGUGUGCCUGUAAAAGGGCCUUAGAUGCUAUAAUGGUUUAAAACUGUGUAAUCUAUAGACAUUUGAGCUGACAACCUAAUCUAAAUGUCAGUACAUUACAACACACUAUGUACUAUCAGUGAUGAGACUGAAGUCUAAACUUUUCAUUUUCUUAACACUGCUGAAGUUUCUCUACGUUGAUUGAUUAGUUUUAGUUACAGAUAAUUAGGAAUUAACGAUUUAAAUCUGAGGGAGUGUUAAUAAAAGUUUGGUUUUAACAUUUGUAUUUGAAACCAUUUAUUAAUUCAUUAAAAGUCAUUUAUUUUAUGCUAACCUUCACUGGGAUAUGGUUAAAAAAAGUUUAAUACAAUACAUACCUAGUUUGUGUAGUUUACAUUUUAGAACAAAAUUAACUUUGUAUGUAACUCUUACAAUGAUAGAUUCAUUGUUAACUAAUUAUGAUAUUGAGUUGUUGCUAUGGCAACAAAACUACAACAUGGCUACCUUUGUAUAAAUUAUUUGUGAAUUUUCACUUGUAAUUUUAAAAAAAAUGUACAUCGUCAUGGACUUUAAAAAAAGGUACAGUUAGACACACUCAGGCAAAGAGAAAUGAUAUCCUUUGACUAUUUUGAAUACCCAAAGUUCCACUCAAAACGUACUUGAGACCUGAAUCUGUGUCUGUACGUCCAUUUCUCAGUCAAAGAGGUUUACAACACAUGGAUUUAGAACCGAGUUUUAUACUGAGAUGAAAGCGUGGUACAGUGUUGUAAAAGAAAACAAAACUCUGAAAAAAUCUGAGAAUGCUGCAGUUUAACUGAUUUGACCUAGUAGUGUACGAUUGUGUGUGACACAUCUUUUUUUUUGCACUUAUGUACAUAGUUAAAAGAAAUAUUCAGAUCUUAUUUUGAAUAAAAAAACAGAACUGUGUUAAAUACAGAAAAGUUUGUUAAGGUAAAUAUGGUCGGCAUUGCUAAAGGCUUUGGAAAAAAUGAGGAAUGGUUUUGCUAUAAAACUUAUCUGGAAGCAUGAUGGCGCUUUGCUGUUGAGAAAAGCUUUGUAGUUUGCCAUAGCUUUACUGUACAAUGAUUGAGAACAACACACUCAGUUCUAGAGUUUAGAAUCAAGCCUUCAGCAGCCAGAUACAAUCCCACUGUUGAAAUGGUUUAAACAGUAAAAUGAAAACUCAAAUAAAUUAGCCAUCAACACACAAGAAAACUGGUGAAUUGCAAGAUAAAAAAACAAUCAUGUUACACUGAUCUCAAAGGUUCAAGUUCUAUAAUACUGUACACAGAUGCAAUCUGAUGGUGGAAGCCUACUGAUUUUGUUGCCAUGGCUGCUGUAUCAUAGCAACUGAGGGGAUGAGUAUCCUGGCUCAUGGGUUGCUGUGGAAACCUUUAAGCAGGACCCUGUUGCCUUUGUUCACAUAAUGUGCAUCUUGUCGCUUUUAAGGUUUGUCCCAUGCACACAGCAGAUUUCUGCAUCUUGAACUCAAGUGAUUUGAAAUCUCUGUCUGCAGAGAUUGGGGAAGCAGACCUGCUCAUGGCUGUUAAGAUGGUUAGAAGGUGAAUUCAACCUUGCACUUAAUCUCCUCCCUUCUACACACCUCAUAUUGGGCAAAAAAAAACAUUAAAAUUGAGCAAAUGGAGCAUUUCUCCUUUAAGUCAAGGUCCCAAAAUUGCACAAAAAUUAAAGGUGUUCAUUCCCUCAGCUGCUACAAGCAAAAUAGUAGCUUUAAAUUUAUUUUCUCUUUAGAUUUCUGCCAUAUUAGCUUGCUGUAGUGCUUGUAUGUGCUUUAGAUAAGAUGUGCUGUAUGCUACAUAUUUCAGUAUUUUACUUAUAUUGCCAUUGUUUAAUUUCUGACCUUUUAAAAAAAAAAUAAAGUGCUUAAAAUGGUUA